AUGUCUAGUGAAAACCUACCUCCAGAUGUUAUUAAAAGAAUUCUACGAGAAUUGAAAGAACUUUCAAACUCUCCAAUGGAAGGAAUCUCUUUGGUACCUUGUGAAGAAGAUUUAUCAAAUAUUGAUGCUAUUAUUCAUGGUCCUGGAGGAACACCAUAUGAAGGAGGACAUUUUAAAGCUAGAUUAACAUUGAGUUCAGACUUUCCAAGAUCACCACCAAAGGCAAACUUUAUUACAAAGAUCUUUCAUCCCAAUGUCUCUAAAAAGGGUGAGAUUUGUGUAAACACUCUUAAAAAGGAUUGGUCUGAGGAUUUGGGUAUUAAACAUAUUCUUUUGACUAUUAAAUGUCUUUUAAUCGUUCCAAAUGCAGAAUCAUCUUUAAAUGAAGAUGCUAGUAGAUUGUUGUUGGAAAACUAUGAUGACUAUUGUAAACAUGCAAAGAUGUUUACUUCUAUUCAUGCUUCAAAAUCACUUGCUCCUACUACUACCAUUGAUUCAAAUGAUGGUGCUAAUAAUAAUAAUAAUAAUUUGUCAACUGAAACAUCGUCGUCGUCAUCAGUGACAGCAGCUGCAAAGAAAAAGACAGUCGAUAAACCAGAUGCUGCCAAAGCUAAAAAGAGUAGUCUCAAGAGAUUUGGUGACUGGGUCACCUCUGGUAAUGGUUUUUUACCAAAUACUGUGAUAUAA